AUGAAAGUUAUUACAUUGCUCGCUACCGGUGCUUUCACCGGCCUGGGCGUGGCGCAAGACUUACAAGGUGUGUCGGAAUGUGCCCGUGGAUGCAUCGGACGGAUGAUGGACCUCGCUCCAUCUCUAGGCUGCAAAGCCGACGAUGUUGCUUGCCUUUGCAAGAACAUGGAUUUCGCAUACGGUGUGCGUGACUGCACUACAGAAGCCUGUGGGGCUCAAGAUCUUCCAGCUGCCGCCGCAGCUGCUGCCAGAUAUUGCCCCGGCAAUGCCCCAAGCGGUUCCCAGGAACCUAGAGCGACUGCUACGAGCAAGCAGACAGCGUCACCAACAGGCGCCCCUAGACCGAGUGAAGCAUCUCCAACGGGCUUGGGCUCCUCUGCAUCUACUCCUUACACUACCCAAGCAAUUGUGUCUACCAUAACUUCCGGCACUCAAGUGAUUACGACCACAGUCGGCAGCACUACCCUCUAUUCACCCGUAUCUGCUACAACCGGAACCGCCGGAACAACAGGCACUCAACCUCAGUCAACUGGGUCGAGCUCUUCCCCAACUGACAAACCCAGCUCCACUGGAAAUAGCGAAACUACGAGCCCAGGCGAAAGCACUGGCACUGGCACUGGCACAACCCCUACUCCGACGGGCAAUGGCGCAUCCCAUACGCUGAUCCCAGCCACCCUGGGAAUAAUGGGAGCUGUCGGCAUUGCCCUCAUCUUUUCCUGGUAA